GUCGUGUUGAACGUCGUACUCACCUCGUUGUUUUGCCAUCCGCGCCGGCCAUGUCGCCUUCUUUGACCCGUGAGCAAGUAUCGUCCGCUCAGGUCGAUGGCAACUAUUCUAUUAAGCCCGAAAUUACGCCAAAGCUGGACACUUCUCAAUGGCCUUUACUUUUAAAAAACUACGACAAGUUGCUUGUACGCUCUGGACACUUUACGCCAAUCCCUGCAGGAUGCGUCCCCCUCAAACGAGACAUCAUCUCUUAUAUAAAAUCUGGCGUAAUCAACCUCGACAAGCCCUCGAAUCCUUCCUCCCAUGAAGUUGUCGCUUGGCUUCGAAGAAUUCUCCGUGUUGAAAAGACCGGUCACAGUGGUACACUUGACCCCAAAGUAACCGGAUGUUUGAUCGUCUGUAUAGACCGUGCAACGAGACUAGUCAAAUCCCAGCAGGGUGCUGGGAAGGAGUAUGUCUGCGUGCUCCGUCUACACGCAAAUCUCCCGGAUCCCACGGCCCUUCCUCGCUCCCUCCAAACAUUAUCUGGUGCCCUCUUCCAGAGACCUCCUCUAAUAUCUGCCGUCAAGCGUCAACUUCGGAUUCGCACUAUUUAUGAAUCCAAGCUCCUCGAAUUCGAUGAUAAACGCAACUUGGCAGUUUUCUGGGUAUCCUGUGAAGCCGGGACUUACAUACGAACUCUUUGUGUGCAUCUUGGUUUGAUCUUGGGCGUAGGUGGACAUAUGCAAGAGCUUCGUCGUGUCAGGAGCGGUGCAAUGUCUGAAAACGAUGACAUGGUUACCAUGCACGAUGUUUUGGACGCACAGUGGAUGUACGACAAUACCCGCGAUGAGUCCUACCUACGCCGAGUCAUCCGACCAUUGGAAUGCUUGAUGGUUGGUUAUAAGCGCAUUGUCGUCAAGGACAGUGCUGUGAACGCCGUGUGUUACGGCGCCAAACUCAUGAUCCCCGGUCUCCUGAGAUACGAAGCUGACAUAUCCUUGAACGAGGAGGUCGUCUUAAUGACCACGAAAGGUGAGGCAAUAGCUCUGGGUAUUGCCCAGAUGUCCACUGUCGAGUUAGCCACGUGCGACCACGGUGUUGUUGCGAAAGUGAAGCGGUGUAUCAUGGAGCGCGAUACGUACCCUCGACGCUGGGGUCUUGGGCCCGUCGCGUUGAAGAAGAAGAAGAUGGUCAAGGACGGUACACUUGGCAAACACGGCGAAAAGCUCGAGGGCGUCACCCCUACCGACUGGAGUAAGGACUAUGUUGACUACACCCGCGAUGAGAAACCACCGACUGGGCCAUCCACAGUGCCGAUAGCACCAGCGCCUGACUCAAAGGAUGUAGUGGAGAUAGAUUCCAAAGAGGAGAAAAAACGGAAGCGGAAAUCAGAAGUCCAAUCCCAUGAUGAAGUGAACGUCGAUGAAGAUGCCGAGCGUGCCGAGCGCAAGCGGCGGAAGAAAGAGAAAAAAGCAGCAAAAGAGGGUGACGGCGCUGAAGAGGACGAAGAAGCCCGUCGUGAACGGAAACGGCUGAGGAAGGAGAAGAAAGCAAAAGAGGCCGGUGGCCUGUGAUGUCUUGAUGUCUUGUAUCAUAG